AUGGCCCUUCGUCUCUCCCUAUCCCGCCCAGCACCUCUCAUCGCCAGCGCAAUCGGCGUCGGCGUCUUAUCGAGAAUGAUGUUCAGCACAGCAUCUGCAGAGUCAAAUGCUCCUCAGAAGAUUCUCAAGGGAGGAAUUGCUCCGGUGAAGCUACCGCUGCAUAGUUCCGAGUAUGAGUCUCAUGAUACGAAGAGGUUACGGUUUAAACUGCCUCGGGAGACGGAUGUUACUGGACUUCCUAUAUCUUCGUCUGUAUUGACGUUUACAUGGCCUGAGGGAUCAUGGUUCCCUACGCCGAGGCCUUAUAGUCCCAUCUCCCCAGCUGAUGAACCAGGCUACUUGGACCUCCUCGUCAAGAAAUACCCCAACGGCAAGGGCAGCACAUAUCUCCACUCCCUCCAACCCGGCGACACCCUCUUCUUCCUAGGCAGCAAAACAGACUACGCCUGGAAACCCAACGCUUUCCCAAAAAUAACCCUCAUAGCCGGAGGCUGCGGUAUAACACCUAUAUUCCAACUCAUCCAAGGCAUUCUACGCAACCCAGAAGAUAAAACAAACAUGACACUUGUAUUCGGGGCCAAGUCAGACGAGGAUGUACUCCUAAGGAAAGAACUCGAUGGCAUUGCGAGAGAGUAUCCGGAUAGGUUGAAGGUUAGGUAUACCGUUGGCGAGACUCAGGAGGGCUCGGGAUUGAGAAGGGGACGGGUUGAUGGGGAGUUUCUGAAGGAGGUGCUUGGCGAGGAACGGGAGGGAAAGGUUUUUGUUUGUGGACCUAAGGGAAUGGAGGAUGCGCUUGUUGGAGGAUGGGGACGAGGAGGAAUCUUGGGGGAGCUUGGGUUUGAGAAGAGUCAGAUACAUAAGUUCUCUUAG